ACAACAUCCACUUUCGCUUUGCCGAGCCCGAUCCCCACUUCCUGGUUCCAGAGGCGGGGCCACCCCUCCGAAACUGGGGCCUGGAGUGACGGCUCGGGUGGCCACUGAAACUCCGGGCAGGACCAUCGGCAGGCCAAUGAGAGGCGAAAGCGGGGGGUGCCGCCCAGCCGAAGGCAGAGCCGAGUGGCCGCCAGUUCCGCGUGCUGCUGCUGCAAGCCCUUAAAGGGCUCGCUUGGGCCCCCUUUUGCGCGUGCAAAGUGGGGCGUGGGGAGGGGCGCGAUGAGGCAGCCCCCCGGGGCGGCCCUGCGCGACUACCUGGCCUUCUACCGCAGCAACUGGGCGGAAGGGAAACUUCUGGUCUGCGACGAGGCGGCUGUCAAAGCCCGGGCGAGGCGCUUCCUGGCGGGCGAGCCCUCCUCCUCCUCCUCCUCCUCCUCCCGGGAGGGCUGCGGGAAGUUGGACGUCUACAGCAUCGCCCAGCAGUGCCUGCAGACGAAGGGCCCGGAGGAGGGGAAGGGCGUCUUCCGAAAGCUGGCCAGAGCCUUCGAGUUCCUGGAGCUGCUCUGCGUCAACCUCUUCCUCUCUCCCUGGAGGAAAGAAAUCAAGUCGCUGAAGACUUUCACAGGACACUUUGUUUACCACGUGCAGUCGGUCCUCCCAGAAGGCGUGGCAGAAAGGCUGCUGAAAGGAAUCGGUUAUGUAGCGACCACCGCCACAGAGUUCUCGUUGGUCAGGAAGCUCGAGGAGGAGGAGGCAGAACAAGCUGCAUUUGAACUCUUCCUUGCAAGGAUCGAGUGUGAAGACUUCCUUGAGACCACCAAGGAUGUAAGAGAGAGCGACUGGGGGGAUAUCCUGCAGAAGAGAGCCCAAAAGCGUUGGUAUCCUAAAGAGAAUCCGGAGAGAAAGCAUCCGUCUUCCCAGAGAGAGGGAUAUAUGAUGGUUGGGGAAAGCAAUGAGACACAAGGAUAUUUUGGUCAUCCUCAGGAGGCUGUCACAGACAGUAGAUUGUCCUUUGAAGAAGCUGAAAAUGGGGAACUUGGUCUCAAAUUGACUACAGAGGAGCCCCAGUUAGCUUCUUCCCAGUUCACUAGUGAUCAAACCAUAAACCAAAGCCACAGUGGUGCCUCAGCCAACUCCUGCGUCAAAAGCUCUGAUAGUGAGGAUUUCUUGACUAAAUAUAGUGACAUUGUCAUUGGGCAAAAGCCUCUCCACUUUACUGAGCUCUCCCCCAAAGCCUCUGAAGAUCGGACUCGGACUGUGGGACUCUCAGAGACCGCAUUGGGCCCACCAACAAAUGCUCGACUGCUCACUCCUCUGUCUCCCGAUGCAAGUGGCCCACAAGCCUUAUCCAUACUUAAUAAUGCCACCUUGGAAAGCGGAGCCUCUUAUGACUGCAGGGCCCAAGUUUUGAUUGAGGCAAAAAUCAACGAGGCCAUGAAUUGCCCGAGUGCUUAUAGAACAGAGCUAAGAGACGAGCCCAAAGACUGGAAAGGAGAUGCCAUGCAGCGUAGCCAUGAACUCCUCUUGGUUUGUGAGGAAACCCCUGGCAUGUGUUCUGCUUCUAAUAAGAUCAAGGAAGAUGGCGUAGAGGAGUUAAUGUAUCCUGUAGAGGAAACGGCACAGCCAGAAUCGAUCAUGAACAGAAGAGGCAUCCCAGAGUACAUUCCCUCUAGGGUGAAACUUGCAGGUCUUUGUGGAGAGAAAAAGGGUUUAGGUGUCCACCCCUGCUCGGAUCUGUUCUGUUGUGAGUGUCCUGCCACUGAUUUGGGUUACAGUCCUCUUCUCGCUAGUCCCCAUGGAGCUGGAGAGCAUUUGAGGAAUGUUGGACACACACCUAGUUCAACUUGCAUUAUCCCCGCUCAUGUUCAAUAUGGUGGUGGGACCCUGGCAAACAUUCCAUGCAGCAGGGAACCCCAAGGAUCUCUCCUCCAUUCUUCGUUCACAGACAAAGUCAGCCUUGACACUUGCACCGUAAAAAUGAAUGAAAGUAACCCGGAGGGUUACGUCAUUAUAAGCAAAGACUAAGCAAGUGCCUUCCAAAUGCCAAGAGUUUCUCAGGAGCAUGGUGCAUGGUAAAGGAGGCUAAUGCUAAACAGCUCUACCCAUCGUCUACUUCUCCAUAGCCUCAUUGGUUAAAGGGAAACUGGGGUGCAAUUACUGGGGUGCCUUCCAUCUGUCCAGCUUCUCUUUCUCCUGGCUGUCCUCUCUGUGCAGAGGUUGCUCACAGGGUGGGAUACCAGAAAGGACAUGUCAGCAAAGGGGCUACAGAAAAGAGAUAAUACAGGUAUAACUUCCUGUUGUAGAUCUUUGUGCUAUGCAAGUGCACCAAAGCCAGCUUCAGGGUAAAUGGGGAUCUAGCCUAGUAAGAGAUGUGAAUAAAGUGCUUUGAUUUGUUUAA